UGCUCCUAUUCCUUCUCCAGCCUGAUGCAGCUGGAGGGCGUGCUGGGCCGGGCGUGCAGCGCCUGCGAGGGGGUGUACCGCGUGCUGCACUGGGAGAACCCCGCUCUGUCCUCCCAGUUCUAUGGGGUGCUGCUGGGCUCCCUCUGUGUCCUGUACCUGCUGCCCCUGUGCUGGGUGCUGGCCCUGAUCAACAGUGCCCUCUUUCUGGGGAACGCCCACUUCUGCCGUGCCAGCACCCCAGAGCUGACGGAGCCCGAGGCAGAAGGGGGGGGCACCCUGGCGGAUUGGACCCCCACACCCACCAGCACCGAGGACCUCACGCCUGGCAGCGUGGAGGAGGCGGAGGAGGCGGAGCCGGACGAGGAGUUUAAAGAUGCUAUCGAGGGGCUGUGCGGGGAGUUCUCCCAGUGCUCGGCCGACUCCGACCUCCCGGAGGGCGGCGCCAUGAGCAAGAACGAGGUGAUCCGCAGCAAGGUGUCCCGGCUGACCGAGCGGCUGGGCCAGCGCCCCCCCCGCCACAAUCUAGGGAGCUGCACGGGCUGCACCGCUACCUUCUCCGUGCUCAAGAAGAGGCGGAGCUGCAGUAACUGCGGAAACAGCUUCUGCUCCCGGUGCUGCUCCUACAAGGUCCCCAAAUCCUUCAUGGGAGCCACAGCCCCGGACGCGCAGAGGGAGAUGGUGUUCGUUUGUGCGCUGUGUAACCAGGCGCUCGUCAAGUGAGCAGACUGGUGCC